AUGGCCGCCGCUGUGGAUGAAGUCGAGUCAAAAGCGGAAUUGGCCAUUCCAUUUGAUGCUCCCAUAAAGGCUCGCAAUCGAAAAACGUAUGCCUCUUUUGGCGAAGACGGUCUCACGGCAACGGCAAAUGCUCAUGGACAUCUGAUUCAGAUUACGCGAUAUUUCGGAAACGAACCAUCAGGAUUUAUUUGUGUUGACCUUCCAAAAGCGCCUGAACCUUUUCGUGUUGCAAAACGCAUGAAGGAGCUUCAAAGAUCUUGUGAAGACUCUCAAAAAGGAAUGAGGCUUAAAUUGCCAGAACGACCUACCAGUGAGAGCCCAGAACUUGAUGAUGCUUUUAAAUGGGGAGUCAGAGAAGAUGAACCAAAGCUUCGGUUCUACCAAGAUCGAUGGCCUUCUUUCGUUCCACGAAAUCCAUGGUUAGAUUCCGAAAUUCAAUACUUCAUUUCCGGGAAGACCGUGUAUCAAAUAUACACAUUCAGCUCUGUUGAAGGGAUUGAGAAUGAUUUUCCCAAAAAAUUUCCGCCAUUGAUAAUCAGUGCCAAUUUAUUCCUCCGACAUCUUGAUUUUGUAACAAAAGAGAAGUCGGGGACCACUUGGAACGGUCAUUCUCUUGAUCAACGCAAUGCAGAGCGUCACUAUGCCCAUAGUACAACUGCCGACGCAAAAACCAUUUUUGUUAAGCACAGAGACUGCGAAACCGGACGAGGCAAAAAUGAUGCCAUUUUAUUUAUAUCGCCAUAUAUAGACGACCGCUCUCAAUCAGUUGGCCCCAUUGAACACAGUCCCGACUAUCAAAUACAUCCAGACGACAAAGCACUGGCGGACUUGGUCAAUAAUAAGCGAGUGAAAAUUACAUUGGCUUAUACUCUGGAGUUGGUUUCUCCAACUGAUGAUAUCAGUAACUCGCUCUCUGAGGGUGCUCUGCCACCCUUGCAACCCAAAGACUAUACAUAUGAGCCGCCGGUUUUCGCCAGUGAUCCGCAUCUCAAUUUUACGUUAAGAAGGAAUUUAGAACAUAUCCUAUCCGUUUGCAGCAUCCCCAUACGCGCGCGCGAUGAAUCCAAGGCUGAGAUUAUACCAAUCGCUUUGACAUGUGGAGAUAUAUCUGGUCAUAGAGUCACCAAGGAAGCAAGCUUCUACGCGUUUCAAUAUCUGCUCAAAGCUUUUGAACAUUUUGAUAACUCUGACCUCAAAGAUAUCGGAGGACGGCGCCUGGACAGCCAUCCAUUGGAAUUGGGGCAUGAAAUUUGCGAAAAUCCCAAUUGUCAAAUGAGGUUUCGCAUUUGGAAGACAUGCCUAGGGCACUUGGCCUGGAUAUACAAUCACAUGAACAAGGGGUAUACGAUGGACAACAUGACUGGAGACGGAACUACCGGGGAAGCCAAGGCGAAGAAGGGCUUGGUUAGCCCUCACUACUGGGCCAGCGGUCAAGUAAUAGACUGGAAAAAAUAUCCCUGGAAAUUUUUUGAUAAAGAAAUUACUGAUGCGCCUAUGCAAAUUAUCAAAUUUGGGGAAUUUUGUCGGAUAACUGGAAGUGAUGAUAUACUUCGAGAAAUUCCCGGUGGUCUUCGGAAUAUCGCCAAGCACUGGGUCAAAAGUCUUCAUGAGCGAAACAAGGGCGGCUCAUAUGCAUUCCCACGCAUUAAAGAAGAAGAGACGGGGAAAUUCUAUCUCGCCGAUCAUGCCCUCAUCUGGUGGGCUUCAAAGUCGCUGGAAGAGCUCGGUCUUGACUCGGAACUUGAAGUUGCAUCUGGCCAGCGCAUGGUGAAAUAUUCGUCCGACGAGAUUAAAACCAACUUUAUCAAGAGAUUUACAAUGGAAAAUCCUGCCUUGAAAACGCGCAUGAUUGCAAUCUCACGCAGCUCCGCCGAGACUAGAUUCUCUCUUCUAAUGAGAGAGACUGUCCUUUUUUAUGCCAUGGAUCUCGGCUUGUUCGACGUUGAGGCAAACGAAGGAAGCAACUCCACAGAUUCGCUUACGGGGAGCUCCAGCUUUUAUGCCAACACCAACAAUGCGAACGGAACGUCGAAUGAGACAAACGAAACUUUGGUUGACAGUUGGGAAAAUGUAAUUGAGGAGUGGACAAAUACAGUGGAUUACCAAACACAGUUGGAGGAUCAGAACGAUGCUCAUUGGAAUCAUCCACUUCAGUUUGCUCUUUCAAUAAUCAUGUCUGCCAAUCACAAAAGCACGAAUUCAAGGCUUGCAGCCUGGAUGUUUAAGCAUUCCAGGUCAAUUCUUCUUACCAGCUCCUCUCCCAAUGGGCUUUUCCCAGGACAACUGGACGUAUAUAAGAGACCCGUUCUCUUUGACAGGGAACCAUUGCGUGACGGUUAUUGGCAGGCCACUUUCGAAGUGCCAUUCAUUCUUUGGAAAUAUCUCAUUCCUCCACCAUCAGUCAAAGGAUCGUCUUUUAGCCUAUCUGGUUCAGUCUCUUCUGAUGCCAGAGGAUUGGAGAAUAUCAUGAAACUCCUGCCUGGCAUGAAUAGUAGCGGGAUACCAAACAAUGUGAUCGACCAGGGGAAAGUGGUAACACUUUCAGAUGAAUGGCUUUACAAUGAACUCGAUUGCUUUAGGAAGAAAAUCGACUUGUCGAAAGAAAAUAUGACGAAACUUUCAAGGAAGUACAUAAAAAAUACCCGUAUGGCCGAUAUGAUCGUCAUAAGAAGGGUGGCUCAAAAGAUUCAAGACGCAGUCGCUCAAAACACAACUGCUGAUAACACAGCACCUCAAGGCACGACACUUCAAGGCACGACACUUCAAGGCACCCAAGAGGACAUCUUGGGGUAUAUUAUAGAUGUACCGCGAAAAUCGGACAAAAGGCAAGACACGCCUAAACGAGUCGAAAUCAAAUCGGCUCAGUCCCUCAAUAAAACUAUUUCUCGCAAGCGCACGACGAAGAAUGCAAAAAAAAGACUUCUUCACUUUCACCGGGCAACUGAUAAAACAGCCCUAAUUUGUUAUAUUUCCGCGAUUGAACACCCAGACAUCUCUGCUUUCUUCGAUAAGCACAUGACAUAUGACAAACACUUUCACGAAGAAACAAACGCAGUGCUUAAUCUAUGGGUUACUGAACUUCAUUUAUCAUUUUAUCAGACUAUUUCCCAGGAGAUUUCUCCUGAUAUGGCCUGCAUCCCUAGGUUCGAGUGUUACAGCUUCCCACGACGUAAAAAUGAGGAAGCGGGUAAUCGCAAACUGAUAAGCAGAGCUGUGAUGAGUUUUAGAUUUGACGGGGACUUUUUCGAUCGUCACUGGACCUGCCACUUUUUCGAGUUCAACCCAUACCGGAUACAUGGCAAUGAAAUAGCCGACGUAACAAAAGAAAAGAUUACAGGGUCUUUGAAAGCAAACCCUUGGAAGCAGAGACGGGUUUUGGAGCUCGUCUUGUUCGGUAAAAUACUACAAGAAAUGGUCACAUGCUCACAGGACCUUUUGGAUGAGAUUAAAACACGGAUUCUCGAGAGCUUCAAGAAAAGACCCAAGAAAGAAGCCAAGAACUCCAGGCUAUCGUCAACAUUCCUGGAUUCAAUUGAUUUGUUUGACGAUAUCACGAGCAACGUAUUUAUAUCAAACAACAAGGCAUGGAACAUAUUUCAAUAUAUACUGCAAGUGGUGGAAGAAGAUCUUUGCGAUAAUUUAACUAAAAUUGAGCUUUGGACGAAACGAGAAGAGCGGCCAGAGCACAAUAAGCCCCGAUGGACACUCAACGACGAACGAAAUUACCGGGGUGCCAUAUAUAGGCUACAGAAGUCAAACGACCUUCUAGUGCAACAGCUCAGACUAUGUUAUACCAGAGCUAGAUCUUUCAAUGCCUCACUAACGAAGAGACUGGACUCUACGCGCGGCGAAUGGGAAGUUGGGAGUAAUGAUGACAUCCGCCUUUUCACAUAUGUGACGGUCGUUUUUCUCCCCAUCAGCUUUGCUACAGGCGUCUUUAGCAUGAGUAGCGCUCCGACAAAGGAGACACUUAAUAGCAUGAUUACAACCGCUGGCCUUGCACUCUUAGUUACUGCUAUGACAUUGCUGAACGCCAAGGUUUUGGACAGGAAGAUUGUCAAGCCUUUCCUUGCCAAAUUUCGCCCAAUAUCUGAGGCAACAACGCAGCUGGUUUUGCGCAGUCCUCUUUAUGUAUUUGGACUGUUAUACCGUUUAGCCCACCUAUCUUUGAUUUCUCUUGUCUCAUUUUUGCCCGAAAAAUGGAUUUAUUUGCUGCAUCGCUAUUUGAUCUCGCCGACAGAAGAAUCAUCGUCUACGCCAUACAACGUCGCAUACCAAACCAAGUCUUUUCUCGAUAAAGGAAUUGAAGAAAAGGUUCAGAAGAUUACAGAGAAGAUAGCUGGAGGAAAACUGGCGGAAGAAAUAAAACCGGCACAAAGAAAAGAGGCGGACCAGAUGAAAUUGGCGCAAAGAAAACAGGCAGAAGAAAUGAAGCUGGCGCAAAAAAGAGAGGCAGUGGAGAUGAAAGUUGCGCAAAAGAAACAGACAGAAGAAUUGAAACUGGCUCAAAAAAGAGAGGCCGAGGAAAUGAAAUCGGUGCAAAGACAACAGGCGCAAGAAGGAAGAAGAAGGAAGAGGAGAUGGUAUGAGGGGGUUGGUUCAGUCCCUCCAGAGAGCAGCAUGGCUUAG